AUGUCUGAGUCAGGUGUGGCAGCUAGCACAAGCCUGAAGGGGAAAAGAAAGAAGAAGUUGCCUCCUAAUCCCAACCCUUUGUUCACUCAGUGGCUGACAGAAUGGAAGCAGGAGGCUGUAGAGAAAGGAUGGAAGAGUGCCCAUGUGUAUGCAAAGGCCUUGAAAACCAUCAGGUUGUUUCCCCUUCCCCUGGCAAGUGGCAAAGACUGCAGGCUAUUGCAAAACUUUGAAAAACUGUUUCAUCACGAAGUGUCAGGUUGUAAUUGUUUGGGUUUGUUAUUGUGUCCAGGUUCAGCAUCUGCUAGAACAAGUAAAAGUCCAAGUUUACCCAACACGGGCGGCAGUGAGGCGUCUGCUUCUGACACUGAAAUCAGGAGUUCACCUCAGAAGAAAAAGUCCAGGGCUGCAGGAAGCCGUGGGAGAGAGUAUGUGCCUGCCUAUAGAUCUGGACCUUAUGCCCUGGUGCUGACGCUGUACAGAUUCAUGCAGGAUCCAGAGUUCAAAGGUUACAUGACAAAAUCAGAACUGUCACAUGCAGCUCAGCCACUUUCUGACAAGUCUUUCACUGUUCCUGAACCAGGAAGUCACUACACAGCUUGGUCUUCCAUGGGAGUGCUUAUUAAAAAAGGUUUCUUCUUCAAAAGUAAUAGCCCGGCCAGAUACUCUUUAACUGAUGAAGGAUAUCUCUUAGGGCAGCGACUGCAUUCAGCAGAGGUGCAAGACAAUGUCAGGAACGAACCCCUUCAAGUCAGCAGCAGAACUGAUUCCUCACAGGCACAUUCAUUACCACCAGGAAAUCUGGAAAUCAGAAGUGAUGAGAUUAGUCCCCCAAACUUUAGUUGUUUGCAGUACAAGGAUAUCAGCACUGAUGAUGAUGAUGAUGGUGACUUGGCUAGAGCAGUAACCCAAAGCCUUCUGUCCUAUUCACAGGAAAGAGCUGCAAGAUCUUCUGUGCCAGCUUCAUUCACUCCAGCCAGCAGAGUUGGACAUCAGUAUAAUUCUGCAGGAUUUCAUGAUGGGGCUGCAGCAGCAGAUGCAGGCUCAGAUGGCGUAGAUCUCAAUGAUAGCAUCCUGGUUGUGAGUGAUGAAGAUAUGGCCAAGAGUCCUGUGUUGCCGACGAGAACCUGGGCCAGGUUUCAUUCGUUGUCUCCCUCACAGUCUUCUCCACCACAGUAUACAGGUCUGGCCAGACUACCUCGUUCUGAACCUUCACUUCAGGAUGAGCCCAUUAACUCAUUAUCAGCAUCGUCUGUCAGAAAUUCAAACACAGAUAUAGAUCAAACAAGAGUACAUUAUCCUGAUAAAUCGCUUCAUUUUGAUGGGAAAUCGCCAUCUGCAUAUCAUGAGGACAUCUUAGAAAUAAGCGAUGAUGAUACUGAUAAAAUGUUAUCAAUGAAAAUGGAUGAUAUUAAUACAUUUGUGACAAAGAAAGUUGAAAAUGUGGCUAUUACAAACUUCUGUGAGAGUGACAGUGAUGAGCUGCCUGAUUUGGACAUUCCUCUUUGGAAACGCCUGGCACAGAAAGGCCAUGCUGAGUCAGGUCUUCUGAAAAAUCUGGCAUCUACAUUAGCUCAGUCUUCGACAUCACAAAAGGUGUUGUGUAACACUAAUCAAAAGACUGAAAUCAUACUAAAGCAUCAGCAUAAAGAUCAUUUCUCUCAAGUUAAAGAUAAUCUAGCUAUGUGCAAUCAUCAGACAAACAAAGCCACUACUGAGCCUUGCAAUACAUUAUAUAAGGAUCCUAUUUAUAACUCUUCACAUUUUGCACACUACUCAAGUAGUGUCUUAGUGCACAACACUCACAAUUUAGUCGGUACAGACACAGUCGGUACUGCACCUAUGACAGUCCUAAUGGAGAAAUCUGCUCCCGGGACUUAUGAGAACUCCAGAAAUGGUAUUUGUACGUCUAGCUUAUCUACACAUAUAACAACUUCAGAGACAACCUCAUUAGUUGACUGCUGCCCUUCUUUCACACUUCUGCCUGGCUCCUUUGAUAUCAUUUUGUGCAUUGAUAACAGAGAGUUCUAUGGAAGCAAAGGCUGCAGUAAAACACUGCUUCCCGAUUUGAUGAAAUGUGGAAUAACGUGUGACCUUCGACUUCUGCAUGUGGGAGACCUGUUGUGGAUAGCCAGGGAAAGAGGUGGACAACGCCUUGAGAGAAAGGGCAGGGAGCUGGUACUGCACUAUAUCAUAGAGAGGAAACGGAUGGACGAUUUGGUCAGCAGCAUGACAGAUGGACGAAUGAAAGAACAAAAGUUUCGUCUGAAACACUGUGGACUGAGUGAGCCCAUCAUACUCAUUGAAGAGUACGGAAGCAUUAAGAACUUCAGCAUAUCGGAGGAUCGCAUCAAACAGUCCAUCGUCAACUCCCAGGUCAUUGACGGCUUCAAAGUGAAACGUUGUGCAAGUGCCAAGGAUGCUGUGACAUAUAUAUCCACAAUGACCCAUUUUCUGACUCAGCAUUACAGUACAAAGACACUUCAUGCGGUUUCCUUGGACCAAUUGAAACUUCUCAGGAUUCAGCAGCCCUUACAAAAACAAGAACAUUAUCUCAUCCCUUUUGAUGUGUUCAAUGAGGCUUCAGUAAAACAAAAGGAUCUCUCUGUCAGAGAACUGUUUGCUAAACAUCUGAUACAGGUGCCUGGGGUGUCUGCAGACAGAGCCAAAGCCAUAACCUCUGCCUAUCCAUCAUUCUCACACUUAAUGACAGCAUAUGAAAGAUGUGCAGAUGAUAAAGAUAGACAAAAACUGCUCUCAGGGAUCAAGUGUGGAAAGAAAGAAAGGAAUUUGGGAAACGCACUCAGUAAUAUUUUGUGUCUGCUGUAUACACAAAAAGGCAGUUUGUUGUGA